GGGAGGAGAGCGGCCAAAUACAAUGAUCCAAGACACUGGGGGAAACAAUCCGAAGGCCAGUUGCUUCCCAUCCGAACCGAGCCUGUGUCCGGACUCGCCCGUCUCCCCCUCCUCCUCCUCCUCCUCUCCCGAGACAGGCAAGCCGCGGCUGAGCCGGCGGCGGGACACGCAGACCACCAGCGGCAGCAUCCAGCGCCUGGUCGCCGCCUCCCGCAUCAUGACGUCCGGCGAGCUGAUGCAGAGCGGCCCGCUGCUGCUGGAGCACCGCUCCACCCGCAGCCUGCUCUACAAGAGCCUCUGCUUCCUGCUGCUCGUCUUCCAGGGCGGGGUGCUCGACUUCUACCUCAUCGUCUUCACCGACCUGUACUGGUGCUCGUGGAUCGCCACGGACCUGGUGGUGGUGUCCGGCUGGGGCGUCUUCUUCGUGAAGAACGCGCGCAGCAAGCGGGAGCGCGCGUGCGGCUUCCACCAGAAGAGCUCCAUCUUCGGCUGCAACCUGGGCGAGUUCACCUACGCCUACCUGGCCUGGCUCAUCUACGUCAUCGCCUGCACGCCCAAGGUGGUGCUGGUGCUGGAGACCUCCAUCCUGGGGCUGGUGGCGCUCAAGGUUCCGUGCGGGGUCACCGGGUUCAAGGUGGUCAUGCUGCUGUCCGCGCCGCUGCUCUUCUGCCUCAUCAACUCCAUCGUGGAGGACCAGAACGGGGCGACCCGCUACCACUCGCACAGCUGCUUCCUGACCACCUGCCUGGACCUGCUGGACAGCUUCACCCUGCUGGAGCUGCUGCUGAAGAACGGCAUGCCCACGCUGUACCUGCAGUACACGGUGCUCUGCGUGUACCUGCUGACCCUGGCGGGGCCCGUGCUCUGGCUCUACGAGCUGACCGCCGCCGAGCUGCGCUGCCGCUGGCUGUGCGCGCGCUUCCUCGCCGCGCUCAUGGUCAACGCGCCGCUGCUGGUGGUGCGCUGCUUCCUGGUCUACGUCUACAAGAUGCCGGUGUCCGUCUUCAUGUUCAAGAACGUCUUCUUCCUGGCCAGCAAACUGCUGGAGCUGCUGGACCAGUACGUGACGGUCAGAGGGCUGCGGAAGCAGGCGGGAGGCUCCAACCCGGCCCAGUUCUCGCACUGCGUUUCCGAGAACGACAUGUGUCCGCACGGAUACGUCAACACCUUGGCCGUCACUCAGUCCUGAAGCGCGGCUCCCCGCAUCAGGACGCGUCUGGAAAGUCGUGGCGCACGAACAAGGUCCGUUUUUCCUUUCCAAUAAGAAAACAAACAUCAACAAACAACUAGAUUGAAAACAAACAAAAAAAAAAAGGUUGGCUGACACGAAAGCAAAAACAAAACAAAUAGUCUUAGCCACCAUUAAAAGAAAGACAAUUUCAUUUAUUCCCGAUUCAGUAAGACAAAGAUAGAUCACUGAUUUUGAAACAAACAGCAAGUUACUCUAAAAUAAAUAUCACCAAGAUGUUGUUUGUACACGAUCACCUCUGAUUCGGGCCGCAAACAUCUUGUUUCUUAUCAGCUGUUUCUCUUGCUCAGCAGCAGUUUUGCCAGCUCUUAUCUUUUCCAUGAACAGAAUGGUGCAACAUGUGUCGCCUUAUUCCCAGACGACAAAGACAUUGACUCAACGUUGAAAGGGCUUGUUAUGAUCCACGUUGAAGCAUUAACUUCGACCAAUUCUGACCAUAAAUCAAUGUAAUUCAAUGUUGAAUCAUGUCUUUGUAACACUGAAAUAACCUUCAUUCAAUGAUGGAUCAAUAUUGAUUUUCAACUUCAAACCAUAAUAACCAAUCUGAAGCCAAUGUUGAAUCAAUGUCGUCUGCUGCCUGAGCUCUUCCCUAAACUCACUAGUGGGGAGGUUUAGAUAAAGCUGGUAUUAUCUACCACAAACCAGUGAACAGCAAUGGAGGGGAAAAAAGAACAUGGAAAUCCAAAUGGGCUGAUCCCUAAAUUUAGGCUCAUCCAGAGUCUGGAGAACAUUUCACCUACCAAAGAACAAGGAAGUACUCUUCCCUGCUCUGAACCCAUCUCACCUUUGGUGCUCUGUUAAGAGCUAGGACUCUUAAGGACUAGCUUUUCUCUUCACAAGGAUUCGAUUUCAAGAAAAGAAUUUCUAUGAUUUGGCGACUGUACGAGCAACACUUUGCACUAAGGAUCCUUAGGAACAUGGCCCCUGCAGUGGAGUGUGGUACUCCUCCUUUGGUACCUUUCUUAUGUGCGACAAACACCUCCUGACCAACCAAAAAGCCGUUUGACCCUCUUUGCCACAUCAGGAAAAUUCUGCCAGAAAGUCUCGGGAGCUCAGUUAAACGCUUGGGAGCUAAAGCUCAAUAAGGAUAAGAAUAAUCCCUAAAUUGUGUUGCCCCACAAGUGAGUCCAUUAACUGGCUUGCGUUUUGCAGACAUACCCUCAAAGGUGCUUUAAAAGUCUCCACAUGCAGCGGAGUCAUUCAGCCUGUUCGAAAGUCCACUGGAAAGAAACAACCUUCGACUGAACACUUGGAGUUAAGUUUCUGCGCCGACCGAUCCACGGAACUGUUCAAUUCCUUGCAGGAAGAACCCAAAACGCCUUCAGGAGGUUUUAACGGACUUUUUUUUUUAGGACGCAUUUCUUUGACCUGUCAGGAACUAGCCUUACGACCGGUACACAGGUGCUACUUUCAAAACCAGCACCUUUUCCUACCCUACUGCGAAUCCUACUGGACCUUGUUAAAAUGCGUCGGUGCAGUGGACCUAAGAGUGACGGUAAUGGACCUUUGUCGGGAUGAAAAGUGCAAUUUAAGCUUUCCUUUUGACCCCUGGUGUUUUUUGUUUGUUUGAAAUCGAGGCUGCUUUUGGUACCGAUUUUAGACGGCUUGAUUUUGAACCAGGUCGUUCGAGUCAAGUUAAUUCUCAAUCCUGCCUUAGGUUCAGUCCAAAGUACAAUGUAUCUUUCUUAAAAAAAAAAAAUGUUGCACCAUAAAUGAAAGUCCUGAAGCGCUGUUGAAAAUCUCAUGAAGCGUUCAUGAGAGACUUGGGAAGGACUAUAAAUAUUUAAAAUAACGUUGUAAAUACUUGAGCUACGAGCUGCUGACGCGCUGUAAAUUACUGACAAAUGUAAACGUAUAAUUCCCACAAGAAUUGCUUUUCAUUUUGAUUUUCAAUGGCUAAACCUUAUACGGCAGCGCCUCUGGAUGCAUUCUGCAAACACUCCACUAGAUGUCAACGGAAUUUGAAAAAAAAGCAUGUUAUGUUUCUAAACAGUGUGUUUCCACCUCAGAGUUUUGAGAAUGUCAGACCUGGGCAGGAGACUCAGUCUUCUUCACAUCACACAUUUAUUGCAUCAGAUAUAAAAGUAGCCAAAAGUUGCGGGAAAAUGACUUUUCAGCCUGCACCACUUUUCCGAAGAGGUUAUAGCUCUUAUAAAGCUUUAGAGUCACACCCAUCUACUUCCGCCUCAUGGGACCUAAGUUAACAGAAAAUAUGAACGGGAGUCAAUGGAGAGAUGAAAGUUAGAUUCUGGCCUGGUUUGAAAUAUGCCAUAGAUCUGACUUAUGAAGUCUGUGAAUUGGACAGAUACAUUCUAAUGUUGUGAGAGCCCUGUUUUUCGACCGGCAUCAAAAGUUACUAUAGGUUUUAUGUAAUACGUGGUAGCCAACUACAAUGCUUGUGACUCCACCAACUAUGGAGCGGGACAAGCUCGGGGGUCACGGUCACCUUUGAUUUGUAGUCACAAUAAUUUAACAUAUUUUCACAAGAAAAUAAUUCAUAAAUUAAACAAAAAACAGACGAAACUAGCAUCAUUUAUCAUUUAAAUUGAGCGACAGCAUAUGUGUGAUCCAGGGCAUGAGGCAACGUGAACCAGAGAAUAACUAGUUUUCCGAUCUUAGGUCCCAUGGCCAGACUGGAAGGGGCAGAGACUUCGGCUCCCUAACCUGAGAAAGCUACUGUAUGGUUUUGAUCCGAUGUUCCAGCUGUAGCUGCUCACAAGUAUCACUCACAAAAACCAUAACACAAGUCUGAAUUGUUUCCCAGCACUUUUUAAACUGAGCAAAGUUCAAAGUUCCUUUUUGGCAUUCACAGUUUGAGCUGGCAAAACUCUGAGGUUAAUGGAAACCCACCUCCUGACGGUGACGCGUUGUUCAUCCUCAGCCUGAGUCUAAGUUUACCAAACCGUUUGCAGGGCACUGCUGUUUCAAACAAGACGCUUUAAUUAUAUUCAGAUUUGAGAAUAGGUUGAGCUAAGCUGAGUGAUUUACAUCGUCCGUUGCUCUUAGACAAUCGUACAUAAGUUGCUGCUACAGUCGACGUGUUGCUCUCCAACUGUACAUUCAACCAAGUCGGUGUUGUUGCACAUCUGUAUUUGCACACUUGCUGGAGCUGGACCUCUGUUCAGCACAUUCCGUUGUACUUCAAUGACGUUGUGCAAUAUUUGUCAGAGUUUAGUGCCUAUUAUUAUUUUGGGAGUCCAGUGCAAUUCCCUCAGCUCUGCUUCUCAGACUGGUCAGUGUCUGUAGGUCAGAGGUCAUGUCGCCUGGUGCCUUGCUGCUGAAGGCUCUGUUGUGGCAACGCACAUUUCUGGGUACUUGUACAUGCAUUGUGUUGUCCACGUGUCACCGUAUAUUUAUAAACAUUUAAUGACUCAUUAUUAUUGUUGACAUUUUGUAGCUUUUUUUUUUAUUACACACGUGACUCAUUGGCUUAAAAAUAACUUAAAAAAGCAAUUAUUAGGAAUUGAAUUAGCCAAUAACAAGAUGAAAAACAAUGAGCAAAAUCUUUUUAAAUCUUAAUAAAUGUGGAUGCUUACAAGCUGAGAGUCAACACUCAGUGGAAUGACAGUUUUUUAAAUCUGUGGACGAUGGCUGGAAAUGUAACAAUAAUGUGUAUUUGAUACUUUUCAUGAGAUGAUCUGUUGAUUUUAAAAAGCACAUUUAGUUUUAAGUGUACUAAGAUGGCAAGUCAUUCAGGUUUUUAUUCAGUUAUUUAUUUUAUUAAAUUAAGAAACAGUUUUGUCUUAAAAAUGAUGAAUAAUAAUUCCAAUCAUUUGGCUUAGCAAAACUCUGGAAAAGAUCUGGAAUUUAACCGGCAUGGUGUAUUCAGCAAUAAUAGAAGAUGAAAAUAAAUAAAUAACAGUAUGUGGAAUAUACGGUUUGAGACUCCGUUUUAACGGGAUGGCAGUUCCAUGUCAGCUGUGUACACAGAUUUCUGUGCGACAAACAGUGUGUAAUGGGGAAGCAACAGCACCAAGAACUGGUUCCUGGGGUGAGUAAAAUUCAUUGGAAGUAUCUUUUAAUAGCACGAAGAACUGCAUUCCAUUCAGAGCAGUCCAACACACCUCCCAGUCAUCCAGUGUUGCCUGUCUCCACACGGUGCUGUGUGACGCUGUCAUGCUCUUGUCACCACCGUCUCUGUCUUCCUGAAGUGUCAUUGUUUGUGCGCACAAUUACAUCCAACAAACGCCUUUGAUUUCACAUCACAUCCAGUAAUGUGACGCGUUUUCCUUCCGCUAACUGCAAUUGAACUCUGCCCUGCAUGAGCAUCACUCAAACAGCCCGAGGACAAGCAGAUAAGAAACGUCUUUUCAACUUUAGGAUGUGCAAUGUUCACAGAAACACACUUUGCUGUUGUUUACAGGUGUUUGCUGUUGAUGUGUAUUUACUGUUACUGUGCCAUGGCUGUGUUGUGUGGUGGAGAUCUCAAUAAACCAGA